UUGCACUUCAAUACUGAUGCAGUCUGCGUGCGGGAUGAGGGUCACGCACAUUCGGUUUGAAUGGAGUCCAGGACAGGUAAUUGUGAAAGAAGCCAGUGGGAAGGUGUUCCUGCAAUGUGCAACAGACAGAAAAAGUGCAAUCACAUGGCUGAAAGACGGGAAUAGCGUAGGAAACACAACGCAGCUGGACUUGGGUGCAGUUUACGACGAUCCCAGAGGCGUGUAUACAUGUAAAACAGAAAGCGGAACGGAAGGCCGCCGUCUGCAGGUGUACUAUCGAACGUUUGAGGAUGGUUCUACCGGUUUGCGGAACUACCGACAGCUCCUGUGCUGGGUUGCUCUUGGGAACAGCCAAGCUGCACGUUCCCCUGCAUCUGGUGUCCCCAACUGCAUCGAAGUGGACGCCCCCACCAUCUCGGGGAUCGUGAUCGCGGAUGUCGUCGCCACCAUCUUCCUGGCGGUCGCUGUGUAUUGCAUCACUGGCCAGGACAAGGGACGCAUGUCACGAGCUUCUGACAGGCAGAACCUGAUUGCCAACGAGCAGCUCUACCAGCCCCUUGGUGAGCGGGACGAUGGGCAGUACAGCCGGCUGGCACCUGCCAAGUCCCCCUCCUAG